CGCAGCAGAGAGUGAUGCGCGGAAGGGGCGCGCGCGGCACGGACCAGGGCACCGCGGAGGAGCGCACUUUCCCCGCACUGACGCGGCGCAUCUGAGCGCUCCGAGGGACUCGGGGAGGGAGAUCUGCUCGCCGACAUGGAAGCGCGCAAGUCCUGUUUCCUUGUGCUCUUCGCGGUUUGCGUUGCUCGCAGCCUGGCCGGUGUGAGCGACUGCGAUGAAGUUCGCAAAGUUUUCCAGGAGAGGCAGAUCGGGACAGUGAAAUCAGUGCCGGAGAGACCCAGGAAAGGUUCUGAUCUUCAGGUGUGCGGGUCCAGGAAUCUAACGUGCUGUAACAAAAAGAUGGAGGAGAGAUACCAGCUUGCAGCCCGGCGGGACAUUCAGAGUUUAGUCCAGAGAACUAGCUCCAGUCUGAAGUUUCUUAUUUCCCGGAAUGUAGCGACAUUUCAAGAGGUGUUUGAGAACCUCGUCAAGCAGGCGGAGAACUACACGAGCACCCUGUUCACCAGUGCCUACCGGAGCUUGGCACCCGAUGCCGGAGGCCCUGUGAGGCAGCUCUUUGGGGACAUCAGCCUGUUGGCGCUGGGUUCGGAGCUGGAGGUGGAGGAUGUGGUCCGGAGUUUCUUUGAGCAGCUGUUCCCGGUGGUCUAUAGACACGUCAUCGACCCAGAUGCGACGGCCUUCGGUGAGGACUUCGCCGAGUGCCUGCGGGUAGCCGGAAACCGGUUGGGACCCUUCGGCGGGCUUCCCAAGCAGCUGGCUCGACGGCUCGGCCGCUCGGUGCCACCAGCGCAGGUGUUCCUGCAGGCACUCCACCUGGGCAUCGAGGUCAUCAACACCACAGACCACCUGCAGUACACCAAGGAGUGCCGGCGAGCGCUGCUCAAGAUGCUCUACUGCCCCCACUGCCAGGGCCUGACCCGCAGCAAGCCCUGCACGGGAUACUGCCUCAACGUGAUGCGCGGUUGCCUGGCCAGCGUGGCCGAGGUGGAUGCCCACUGGCGGGAGUUUGUCCGCUCCCUGGAGGACGUCUCCGCCGGCAUGCAGGAGCACCUCGACCUGGAGCAGGCCCUCUUCGGCGUGCGUCCGCUUGUGGCCGAGGCGCUGGCGCACGCACAGAACAACGGACCCAAGCUCUCCGCACAGGUCAGCAAGCUGUGCGGCCGUCCCAGCAGGGUUCCGGCCCGGUCGGUGGGCUCCCCCCGGGACACCAGCCAGAACUCCAUUCCCCUCAAGGCUCCCGAGCGCAGCGCAGAGGAGACCUUCAGCAGCAGGCGGAGGGAGUUCAUCAACAGCCUGCGGCUCCACCGCACCUUCUAUGGCGGCCUGGCCGACCAGCUGUGCGUGGGCGAGGUGGCGUCCGAGGAUGGGCUGUCGUGCUGGAACGGCGCUGACGUCACCAAGAGCUACACGCUCCGGGUGGUGGGCAGUGGGAUCGAUGCCCAGUCUGGAAACCCAGAUGUCAAAGUGAAGGGGCUUGACCCCGUGAUAAACCAGAUCAUCGACAAGCUGAAGCACAUCAACCAGCUGCUGCAGGGGAAGCAGAUACCCAAGUAUGGCACUCUGGAUCAGAUUGAGACAGGCAGCGGGGACGGCGAGGGACACUUCAGCGGCGACUGCGACGAUGAGGACGGCUGUGCUGGCUCAGGAAGUGGUGAGGCCAAGAGAGCUGCUAAGGUGUCGACAUGGAUACCUGACAAAGUGCAGGAUCACAGGAGGCACACGCCACGAACGGACAGCUCCGGAGCGAGGGACGCAUCUGGCGCGGGAGCCGCCGCGGCCAGCGCCACCGUCAACCUGCUGACCUUGAGCUCAGUCUGUGUGCUCAUGUUGCUGUCCUGGUAAUGUCACUCCAUGCCCCACCCUCCGUGCUGCAAAGACUGUUUUUUUUCCCCCUUUUCUUUUCAUUUCUUUUCACCCCAAGAUUGAAUAAAGAAGAAGAGAGACUUCUUUGAAGGUGUAGUGCAAAGGUCAUGCUGGUCUUUGAGACAUUGUGAAAGCAGUCCUUCCAUCAAGGGAGCCACAGGGGAUGAGGUUAAGUAGAGAAGCAGUGGUGUGGGGCCACUGGCCAUCUCGGCGGACAUCUCAGGAGCGAUCCCCACGUGGUAACGGAAACGAACAGCAGUGCAACGCGUUCUAGCAACUCAACAAAACUUCACCCUCCAGAACACCUGGCCAUCUCCCCAGCUGCUGACUCUUUCUGAUUCCCUGUCAAAUAUAAACAAGCUCAUGUAGCUGCCAAGGCGGCCUGCUCUCUUGUACUCUAAAGCUGUAUUAUGUUACAUGUACAAGUUUUAAAUUAAUUUAAUCCUCUUGUUUUGCAUAAUGUAUUUAAUAAGCACAGAAUUGCUAAAAUGAUAAUACGGUUUCCUCUGUGACAGCAUAUUUUACAAGGUAGGUCAUUGCCAUCUUUUUAGUGUCAUAUU